GAUACAAACGCCAGAAGCUUAAUAGACAAAGCGAACCCAUAAAAGGAAGAGCAAGCCCCCUUCUUUCGCUCUGUUUAAAGAUGUUCCUAUGCUCUGUUCACGAACAUCGUCAGACAUGCUACAUGCUAAAGAAAGCAUCUUCGUCUUCUUCCCCUGCACAGCAUCCUUAGGCCUCAUUGAUUAAGGUUUCUUCCACUUGCUUGAAAACACUGGAACUCUUAUGUUGUUCCCUUUGCCUGCCAUUCUCUCACCCAUUAGACUACAAUUAUGACAAUGAGCGACGCCGAGUCCUUCGCAGCAUUCCCGUUUGAUAGAGCUGUCGAACAGGCAAUUGUAUCUAUAAAGAAAGGUGCAUACUUACUGAAGUGUGGACACAGGGGAAAGCCCAAGCUCUGCCCUUUCAGACUUUCUCCAGAUGAGAAAACUUUGAUUUGGUGUUCUGGGCAGAAAGAAAAGCAUUUGCAACUGAGUGAAGUUACAAGAGUUGUUCAAGAGCUGGGAAAUAUAAGGCCCCAGAGACAAAGCCAACCUGAAAAAGAUUGCCAUUCAUUUUCACUAAUCUAUGCAAAUGGCCAGCGCUCACUUGAUUUGAUAUACAAGGACAAAGCGCAGACUACUUCUUGGUUAGUGGGAUUGAGAGCUGUGAUAUCUAGGUCCCAGCAUCCAAGAUCGUUAAGUAAUUUAAGGAACCGCAAAGGAGUGCAGAGUUGUGUAAAUAGUCCAGCUGGGAUCUUUCGGAGAAAGAAAAAUCUUGGUCUUGUAGAGGAUACUGUUGAAUUUACUCAGGUAGAAAGCUUACAUGCAAGUCCUAAUUUCUCACUUUCAGAAAGGUGCUUUUCUGAGGGCUUUUCAGAUGCUUCUGAUGGCAUUUAUUCUUUGGAGUCUUUUCCGUACAAUACUCGGAGCACAAUGGAUAUUAAAGUCCCAAGUUCUCCACAUGUUGAUCCAGAUUUUCUCAAUAAAAAUGGUUCAAUAUAUGCUGACACAGAGUAUGAGAAGAAUUCAUCCUAUAGGCGUCUGCCUCCUCCUACCUCUCCACAUGUAAGAAACAACAAUAUAUUGAAGGAUAUCAUGGUAUGGGGUGAAGGGAUUGUAGGAGGUGGGGGCAACAUGUUUGUAAAUCAACAUAAUGUUCAUAGUACACUGCCAAAGUUACUGGAAUCCACCAUGACGUUAGAUGUAAAAAAUAUAGCUUUAGGAGGAAAGCAUGCUGUCUUAGUCACAAAACAAGGGGAAGUUUUCUGCUGGGGUCAAGGUAAAGGGGGUAGGCUGGGGCACAAGAUUGACAUUGAUGUUAGCUCUCCCAAAAUUGUUGAUUCUCUUAAUGGGAUCCGUGUGAAAUCUGUUGCCUGUGGUGAGUAUCAUACAUGUGCUCUGACAGACGCUGGUGUAGUAUAUACAUGGGGAAAUGAUGGUGGUUGUACAGAUUCUGUAAGUUAUGGGAAAAAUAGAAGUCAGUGGAUACCACAUAAACUUUCAGGACCUUUAGAUGGUAUUCGUAUUUUUAGUAUUGCUUGUGGGGAUUGGCAUACUGCAAUUGUCUCUUGCUGUGGAAGAUUAUUUACAUAUGGAGAUGGUACUUUCGGAGUUCUAGGGCACGGGAAUCUUCAAAGCAUUUCUCAACCAAAAGAAGUCGAGUCUCUUAAAGGUAAGCAAGUGAGGUCUGUUGCUUGUGGAUCAUGGCACACAGCAGCUAUCAUAGAAAUCAUGGCUGCCCGUUCUAGGUACAGUACUUCCUGUAAGCUUUUUACCUGGGGUGAUGGAGAUGGUGGACGGCUUGGUCAUGUUGAUAAUGGAAGGAAGCUUUUACCAACAUGUGUUACACAACUUGUGGAUUAUGAUUUUGUUCAAGUAUCUUGUGGAAGAAUGUUGACUGUUGCACUUACUAAUUUGGGUAAAGUUUUUACCAUGGGAAAUAAGGUGCACGGACAGCUUGGAAACUCUCAUGCCAAGGAUAAGACUGUUAUUCUUGUUGAAGGAGACUUGAAACAGGAGUUUGUUAAGCAGAUAUCAUCUGGUUCAUAUCAUGUGGCUGUGUUGACAUCUGCAGGUAGUGUCUAUACAUGGGGCAACGGUACACAUGGGCAGCUUGGGUUGGGUGAUACUAAAGACAGAUAUUCACCUUCUCUCGUUGAGGCUCUAAAAGAUAGACAGAUAGAGAGUAUUGCAUGUGGGUCAUGCUUCACCGCUGCAAUUUGUUUACACAAACCUGUUUCUGUUGCAGACCAGUCAGCUUGUAGCAGUUGUAAGCUUCCAUUUGGGUUCAGGAGAAAGAGGCAUAACUGCUACAACUGUGGUCUUCUCUUCUGCAAUUCAUGUAGCACUAACAAAGUUACAAAUGCAUCUCUAGCCCCAAGCAGGAACAAGGCUUUUCGGGUUUGUGAUCAGUGCUUUCAUAAAUGCCAUGGACUCACUCACUCACCUAAGGUAUCAAAGUUGCAAAACUAUAGCACUAUGCAGCAACUGAAGUACCGGAAUAAAUUUCCUGAUCUGACAGAAGAUGGAGGAGAAACAGCAGUAUCACCAGGUCCUCUGUCAUCUUUCAGUCAAUCAAGUUACAUGAAAAGCAUGCCUAGCGGAAGGAAGGACUGGAAAAAUCAGGAAGAAGGCCAGAAACAUUCAGAAAACUUCUCUCCAGUGUUGGGUGGGGUGACACAAUGGGGGGAAGUUUCCUGCCCUGAUUCGUUCAAAACAAGUUGCACAGAAAAUUCUUUCAUGCAUGUUUCUUUGUUGAAAAAUGACGUAGCUUCUGCUAAUCCGUUGAAACCAGAAUCUACAGUAUCCAGGAUCCCUAACACACAGAAAAAUAUGCCAAAGUCUGAGAAAUUGCUUGUAGAAGAAGUUCGGAGGCUGAGAGCUGUGGCUGGGAAACUUGAAGAGCAAUGUGAGCUCCAAAACUGUAUGUUACAAGAAUGUCAACAAAAGAUUGAGAAGAGUAUGUCUCUGGCGAAGGAGGAAGCUACUAAAUGUAGGGCUGCAAAAGAGGUCAUAAAAGUUUUGACGUCAAAACUUCAAACAAUAUCAGAAAAAGCCGAUGCUAUACAAGAAGGAAAGGUUGGGGUAAACGAACAUGAGCCAUAUCUUGCAUCCGUGCACAAUGAUGUCAAUACUCCAAAAGACUGCAACUUAGACAUUCAAUCUGAUUCUCCUAUAGUAUUCUCUGACAAAUUAAGAUCCAAAUUUGGGAGAAGCAGAUUCCUCCAAAGUGGUAAAUCGAGGGAGUAUUCACACGUCACAGGAGUGCAAUCUCAACAAGAUGCUACCAAAGGAUCAAAUGAUGAAUGGAUAGAACAGCACGAGCCGGGUGUUUAUGUCACUCUUACUACCUUACCAUGCGGACAAAUUGGCCUCAAAAGAGUGAGAUUCAGCCGGAAACGAUUCUCUGAAAAAGAAGCAGAGCAAUGGUGGGAAGAGAAUCAAGCAAGAGUGUGCCGUGAUUAUGGCCUCGAAGGAUACACAAACAGUAGCCAAACUCAAGAUUGACAAGCCCUAGUUUUAUACUUAUCUUUCAUCUCUCCCAGCACUUUUCUCUACAACUCUGGGUAGGUGAUGAUGUUAGAGCCUAGUCUCUAACUGAUAGCCAUACUGCAACAUAGAUGAUUAUAUUUCUCUUUGUAGCUGAGAGACUUUCUUUUCUCUGGUAUCUAUGAAUCUAGAUCUUAACCUUAGGCUCAUAGAUUUUGAUUCCAGUCAUGUUACAGGACACCCAUGAUGGGUUUGUUGAUGUCUUUUUUUUUUCUUUAGUCAAUAGUACUAUAAAGCUUGUUUUGGUGCCGGCUCUAUAAAAUCAAUUUUCUUUCUUGGUUAGCGUUUGAAGGAAUAACAGCCCCCAUAAAUAAUUAAGAUGUUAUCAUCUUGACUUGAAGAUAAAGCGUUGCUCUUUCUUAAUUCUUUAAUAAGAAUAUAUAUUUUUCCCUCUA